CAAACACAAAAGUCCACACAAAUAUUAUGUGUGUAAACUAAUGCAACACAGCAGCCACAUCUCAUCUCUUAAACAUGGUCAAGAGUUAUCCCACCACAUCAAUACGUUAAUUUCCAAUAUAUUAAAUGCAAACUGUGUAUUAAAUAUAUUUCAAAUUCCAAGAAGUCAGAUUUUCAUCAAUGGAGGCUCCAGCUGGUUUCUUGGUUGUUUCUCUUCUGCUCUCUUGCUUUGUGGCUACUAGCUAUGGUGUAUACUUCUCGUCCCUUAACCAGACUCUUAUAGUGACUGCAACAUUCACCCAAGGCAAAGUCCUCAAGGCAGGGGAAGAUCAAAUCACAGUAUCAUGGAGAUUCAACCAGACCUACCGAGCUGGGACAGAUUCGGACUACAAGACCGUAAAAGUCAAACUUUGCUAUGCACCCAUUAGUCAAAAGGACCGAUCUUGGAGGAAAACAGAAGACCGUUUGAAGAAAGACAAGACCUGCCCACACAAGAUUGUGGCUCGCCCAUACACCGCUUCAAACAACACAUUUACAUGGACUGUUGAGAAAGAUAUACCUUCUGGAGUAUAUUUUGUGAGGGCCUAUGCGCUUAAUGCUCAUGAACAAGAGGUGGCGUACGCCCAGACCACAAAUGUUCAGAAAGAUAAAAACUUGUUCCAGAUCCAAGCAAUCACAGGCCGCCACGUGUCACUUGAUAUUGCGUCGGUCUGCUUUUCUGCUUUCUCCAUAGUCUCAUUGGCUGGUUUCUUUUACAUGGAGAAGAGGAAAGGAAAGUCAUCUCAAUAGAAAUGAGAUUGUCAGCGGGGUGCAAUUUUGUGACUUAAUGUUCUAAUGCAGAAAAGCAAAAUCUAAUUUGUGUUUCACUUUGGUGGUUGUGUUUAGGUGUGAGGAUAAAUAAAUGCUUGUUGUAAUAAAGAUAGUUAAUCAUGUUUUUCUCUUUAAAAACCAUAUUAAGGAACAUGUUCUCUUCCUUGUUUCGAAACUAGAUGCCAAGUUACAA